AUGACAUCAGUUCUGGGGAACAACAGAGCUUCUGGAGGUCCAAGUAGUCAACUAAAAUGCAAGUCCAAAAGGAGGAGGAGAAGAAGAUCAAAGAGGAAAGAAAAAGUAAGCAUAUUGUCAACCUUCAUCACGCCUUUCAAGUAUUUAAGUCCUGGUGCAGCCAAUAUGGAAGAUGAAGACAAUUUAAGUACCAGCAGUGCAGAAGUAAAGGAAAACCGAAAUGUUGGCAACCUGGAGGAUCAUCCGAUAUCCUCUAGUGACAGGUCAAGAGUGGGCACACCUAGCAUUAAAAGGAAAAGACCUUUAGAGGAAGGCAAUAAUGGCCAUUUCUGCAAACUCCAACUCAUCUGGAAGAAAGUCUCGUGGUCAGUGACACCAAAGAAUGCCCUGGUCCAGCUACAUGAACUUAAACCAGGUUUACAAUACAAAAUGGUUUCCCAGACGGGCCCAGUGCAUGCUCCAGUCUUUGCUGUUGCCGUAGAAGUAAAUGGGCUUACAUUUGAAGGUACAGGACCCACGAAAAAGAAGGCCAAAAUGCGAGCUGCAGAACUAGCGCUGAAAUCUUUUGUUCAGUUCCCAAAUGCAUGUCAAGCUCACUUUGCCAUGGGGAACUGUUUUAACCCAUCCACUGACUUUACAUCUGACCAGGCAGACUUUCCAGAUACUCUGUUCAAGGAGUUUGAACCGUCUGCACACAGCGAGGACUUUUCGGUCUAUAACCCGGUUAAUAAUGAAUUGCUUUCUACUGCUUAUCGGCAUGGGAGGUUACUCUGCCACACAUUGGAUUUAAUGGGUCACGCUAAGCAAAACAAGCACAAGAUGGCAUCCACAGCUGAGAGCGAAAAGAACCCAGUGGUGUUGCUAAAUGAGCUGCGAUCAGGGCUGAGGUACGUCUGCCUUUCGGAGACUGUGGAGAAGCAGCAUAUCAAGAGUUUUGUGAUGGCAGUGAGAGUGGAUGGGAGAACAUUUGAAGGCUCAGGACGUAGCAAGAAGCUGGCAAAAGGCCAAGCAGCACAAGCUGCCCUGCAGGCCCUCUUUAACAUUCGGCUGCCCAGUCACAUUCCCAGCAGGAGUAAAUGUAACCAUUUGCCACAGGAGUUUGCUGAUUCCAUAUAUCAAAUGGUUACACAGAAGUUUCAAGAGUUGACAGACAAUUUCACCUUCAUGCACGCACGCCACAAAACCCUUGCAGGAAUUGUGAUGACCAGAGGCUUGGACAUCAGGCAGGCUCAGGUUAUUGUGCUGUCAUCGGGUACCAAAUGUAUAAACGGAGAAUACAUUAACGAUCAAGGGCGUGUGGUCAACGACUGCCAUGCAGAAAUUCUGGCAAGGAGAGCAUUUGUUCAUUUCCUUUAUUCUCAGCUGGAGCUGCACCUAAGCAAACGGCGAGAGGACUGGGAGCGAUCAGUCUUCGUGCGAUUAAAAGAGGGAGGCUACAGGCUGAAAGAAAACAUUCUGUUCCAUCUGUAUGUGAGCACUUCACCCUGCGGAGAUGCACGCCUCAACUCCCCCUACGAAAUCACAACUGACUUGAACAGUACCAAGCACAUAGUAAGAAAGUACCGGGGGCAUCUACGGACGAAGAUUGAGUCUGGAGAAGGAACCAUCCCUGUCCGAUGCCAUAAUGCAGUUCAAACAUGGGACGGUGUGUUGUUGGGAGAGCAGCUAGUCACAAUGUCUUGCACUGACAAAAUUGCCAGAUGGAACGUUCUUGGGUUACAAGGUGCUCUCCUCAGUUACUUCAUCGAACCCACAUACUUGCACAGCAUUAUUGUGGGAAGCCUCUGUCACACUGGUCACCUUUCCAGGGUAAUGAGCCAUAGAAUAGAAGACAUUGGUCAGCUGCCAGCCUCAUACCGGCAUAAUCAGUUGCUCCUCAGUGGAGUGAGUAAUGCUGAGGUACGGCAACCAGGAAAAUCUCCCAGUUUCAGUGUGAACUGGAUAGUGGGUAACACGGACCCCGAAGUGAUUAAUGCCACAACGGGAAAGAGGACCUGCGGGGGCUCUUCGCGGCUCUGCAAGCACACAUUUUAUGUUCAGUGGGCAAAGCUUUAUGGAAAGCUGAGCACACGAAUGCCAAGCCAUGGAGACAUGCCAUCAGUGUACAGUGAGGCUAAACUGGUGGCUCAGACGUACCAGGCUGUCAAGCAGCAGCUGUUUAAAGCAUUUCAGAAAGCAGGUCUGGGCACCUGGGUCAAGAAACCCCCAGAGCAAGAUCAGUUUUUACUAACUGUAUAA